CCCCACUCCGAGAUGGGGGGUGGAUCCGGCCGCCUCCUCUCGCUGCUGUCUCUGCCCGACUCUGCGGUCACCUGCUGAGGAGACCUAACCCCGAGCUGCGGCUGGGUAGGGAGGAGUGGAGCCGGGCCCUCCGGGGGCAACCGGGGCCUCGCCGGCAAAACCCGCCCACAGCCCGACCCGGAGGUGUAGGCGGCGGCUGCAGCCGAGAAGGAGAAAAUGAGCUGCACAAUUGAAAAAGCUCUUGCAGAUGCUAAAGCACUUGUUGAACGAUUAAGAGACCAUGACAAUGCAGCAGAAUCUCUGAUUGAACAAACUACAGCUCUCAACAAACGAGUAGAAGCAAUGAAACAGUAUCAAGAAGAAAUUCAAGAACUUAAUGAAGUUGCAAGACACCGGCCACGAUCUACAUUAGUUAUGGGAAUUCAGCAAGAAAACAGACAAAUCAGAGAAUUGCAGCAAGAAAAUAAAGAAUUACGCACAUCUCUUGAAGAACACCAGUCUGCUUUAGAACUCAUAAUGAGCAAGUACCGAGAGCAGAUGUUUAGGUUGCUAAUGGCCAGCAAAAAAGAUGACCCAGGUAUUAUUAUGAAGUUAAAGGAGCAACAUUCCAAGAUUGACAUGGUACACCGUCACAGCCCCGAAGGAAUCUUCCUUGGUGCACCUCGACGAAUCCUUGAAGCAACUCAACAUGGACUGGAAAGAAGGCACUUGGAAGCAAAUCUGAAUGAAUUACAAGUACAUGUGGACCAGAUUACUGAAAUGGCAGCAGUGAUGAGAAAAGCCAUUGAAAUUGAUGAGCAGCAGGGUUGCAAGGAGCAGGAACGAAUUUUUCAACUUGAACAAGAAAACAAAGGCUUGAGAGAAAUCCUUCAAAUAACUCGAGAAUCAUUCCUGAGCCUCAAGAAAGACGAUGCAUCAGAAAGUACAUCUUUGUCAGCAUUGGUAACCAGCAGUGAUUUGAGCCUGAGGAAGAGCUAAGAACCUGAAGAAUCACUGAGCUUCUAUUGCACAGCUCCUAAUAAGGAACCAGGGUUUACUUUAAAAAAUCGUUAAUGAAUUGAGCACCAGAAAAAUCACAAUCUUAUAUUAGUCCUACAAUUCAUUCUUUUUAUAUUAUGUAUAGUACACUGGCAAAUGACAUUUUAAAAAGAUAUUAACAGAAGAUCAAUAUUUGGUUGUCAUUGAACUUUAUUCCUAAUAUUAAAAUUUCUAAUGGGAAAGUGGAAACUGUAAGCCAUUGUUAUUAGAUAAACAAAUAAAAGUUCUCAUAUAUAGAAACUACUGAUCAUACUAGGCCCAUGCCAUCCUGUUAUUUUUCCUAACUUUUUUUAUCCAAAUAUUAGAUAUAUUUAAAACUCCACAUAGAAUUUAUUCCAUUACCCCAUUUUUUAAAAUCCCUGUUUCUUAGCUUAAACUUAACAAAAAAGGAAACAUGUCCAUUCAUAAAUUUGGUCUCUAUUUGAUAGGAAGACUAGCAAAUGGUUAUUAUAUUUUACAUGUACUGGACCUACCUUUACAUUUCUUAAGAAAUGAUUUUCAAAGAUGUCAUGAUUAUUUUUUAAAAAGGUAAUCUUUUGGUUUCGUGGCAUAGGCCAUAAAUUGGAUACAUCUUUAUUCUUCAAGCGUAGAUCCUGAAAGGUGCUUUUGUUUCAGCCAGCAACAUAUCAUAGUUGGCAAUGACAUUUUGGGUAAUAACAGUCCAUAACUUACUGAAGGAGAAGAAAUGUAGAAACCAUCUUUUCAGUAAUGAAAAAGAAAGAUAUACUACUUUCUGAGAAAGAAAACCAUAUAGAAGACAAGAUUAUUCAGUAGGUUGAACUACUUAGUGGGGGAAUAGGUUAGGUUUCGAUUCCUAAAUGAAUAUUAAUUUGGUCAGGUUUUAUUUUCUAGUUGAUUUUAGGAAUAUUAAUCUGCCCAUUACCCAGCUGUCAUAGUUAGACCUGAUAUAGCAAGCCAAUAAUAGAGAGAUUUGAAGUAGACAAAAAAAAAAACCCAACCCUCACACAUUGUAUUUAUUUUAGUCUUGCCAAUAGUAAACAUUAACUUUUCACCUGGUUUAUAAAAAGAAAUUUGUAUUCCUUACAAACACUUGUUUUAAUUAUUAGAUGCCAACAGAGCAAAGAAACUAUAAUAAUUCUAGUUCUUUCUGAAUCUGCCUUUAAGCUCAUCUGCACCUAGUAACUUUUGGAUUUUUUAUGGCCAUCAUACUGAAACAGGUAUUUGGGAAUAGUUCACUUCUUGGAUUUAAAAAAACCCUGCAAGUUGUUUAGUCCUGUCAUGUGAAGUUUCAAAACCAAUAACCAAGUAAAGAAGUAAUUGAAGUUUGGGCCAUUAUUUAAAUAGACAAUAAAGAAACUAAGUUUUCUCAAAUUAACACAGAUCACAAAUUCCAUUUAAACCAUCUAUAGAAGAAAUACUACUCUUAUAAUAGAAUCUAUUAAUGUGUAAAAACUUACAUAUUGCUAAAAAGAAAAACAACUAUUUAAAUUUAUCUUCCCCAAAAUUGGGUGUUUCUUUUUUAGUUAAAGUAAAAUAAAACUUUAUUCCAGAGGCCUUAGUGAAGAUUAUCAAUUUAUAAAAAGUUUUUUUCCCCCCUAAAAUUAUUUGGUAACUGUCUUCUGUUUUACUUUAAUGAGCAGUACUUGACUUGCUGGCAGAUUUGUCCAAAUAAUUUUGGUUUUAUCCCAAUUAACUUAAGAAAAUAAAACAAGCUGCACUGUUUUAAGAUUUAGCAUGUGGCAAUCUUGAGGCAGCUAUUAAAAAAAUGCUUGAUGAGUAUUUUUGUACAUAAAGUUGUGAUUUAAUUUAUCUCCUCUUGACUGUCAUAUAUUGUGUUUUUUGAGAUUUAAUUUUAGAGUUUUGCGGAGUUUCAUUUUGUGUAAUAAGUUUUCAUCACAUGCGUUAUUUUUGUAAUCCAGAAGCUUGAAAUGUGUAUUUGGAAUGUGUACUGUAUAAUUUUAUCAAUAAAGAUGAUUGAUAAAACUUA